UGCGCAGUGCAUCCAGGGGCUCGGCGGCGAUCGGUGCUGAAGUGGGGCGGAUGGCAGAAAAACAGCGGCGAUGGACAUUACACCGCGGGAUUUCCACCCACGAUGUCGCUAAAUGAGCAUCGGGACGUCGCGCGUGCAUGCCCAUCGGCCUAGGACACUGACAGCCCGACGCGAAGCGAUGCUGCUCUCCCUCUGCGUCCUGCACCGUCCACUCCAUCAAUGACCCGUUCGCCGAGCUGCGAGGAAGCCUAGGAGGCCACGGCCAGAGAAGGGAAAGCAGCCAGAGAACGGAAGCAAUCACCCCCACCACCCCCUCCUCCCCUUCACGUGCCGCUCGGUCAGGGAUGGUAACACCAGCGAGCUCUCUUCCCUGUGGUGAAACGACGCUCCCGGCCUCACCCUCAUCGUCAUCGUCAUCGCCAUCAUCUCCAGCAAACCAAGCCGCCGAUCGGUUCGCCAAACAGACUCUCAACACGUGGCUUCGGCAAGCGGCCUGCUCUCACCCGUUACCUCACGCCAUGACCGCUCCGUCUCGCCUGUGUUUAGGAACUCACUAAUUCAUGCCCCGAAGUGUGAGUGGAGUGGAGAUGAGAAAAAGGCAGGCGGCUCACAUCGAGGCCCCCCCCCAGGCCCCCGGACAGCCCCGACCCAACACCUGCUGCCUGUGCUGGUGCGGCUGCUGCAAGUGUCUCUGGAAUGAAGACCGGAUGGACAGGAGUGACCAACAGACCUGCACCAAGAUGGACAGUAUUGAAGCUGCUGAAGAACAACACCCCAGCCUGGACGAGGUGCUGUCCUGGGCGCGGAGCUUCGAGAUGAUGCUGCGCUCGCUGGAGGGCCGGGAGAUCUUCCGGGAGUUCCUGCGGUCCGAGUACAGCGAGGACAACCUGCUGUUCUGGCUGGCCUGCGAGGAGAUGAAGAAAGAGACCAACCCGUCGGUGGUGGACGAGAAGGCCAGGAUCAUAUAUGAAGACUACGUGUCCAUAUUAUCACCCAAAGAAGUGAGUCUGGACUCGAGGGUCAGAGAAGGAAUCAACCAGAGCCUGGCGGAGCCGAGCAACCUGAUGUACGAGGAGGCCCAGCUCCAGAUCUACACCCUGAUGCACCGCGACUCCUACCCCCGAUUCCUCAACUCCUCCGUUUACAGAGAUCUCCUGGGCAGCAGGAGGCGCACCUGCCUCGACACCUAGACCCUCCGCAGCGCCGCCGUCGGAUACCAACAAGACUACUACUUAAACGUCAAAUACUACUAUGGUACCAGAAGCCGGGUUUGGAAAAUCUCUCCCUCUGUUUCGAUUGAACAGACUGAAUGACAUCCAUGAUAGCUGGCUGUUUUCUUUCUUUCUUUUUUUUUUAUUUAUAUUUUUUAAAGCAAUUUUUUAAAUCCAGUUCUCCACUGGAGCCAGGUCAGCCUCUGCUGGUUGAUGAUUGGUCAGUUUGAGACCAUUAGCGCUGGCCAGUGAUUGUUUUGAUAGCAAAUUGUGCUGUAUGUGCGGCCGAGCGGCCGGCCCACGUCUGCUGGCUGUCAGUGGAGCCUGGUGACCAGCUGCUGGGUGACUGUGGACAGAAGCUCCUCAGGCGCUGUUGGACAGGAAGCGAGAGACACCAGAAGGACAAGCCUACUGUUCCUGUACUGUAAUAUUUAGACCUCAUGCUUUUUUUUUCUUUUCUUUUCUAUUUUUUUUUCUACCUUGACUUUCCCAUUCUUUUUAUUUUAUUUUUUCCCCCCAUUCCUCAGAUUUUGUUCCUCCACUGUCUGAACAUGACACGACAGUUCAUAGUUGUUGAUGGGAGUUAAAGCACUGGCUCUGCAUGCAUCUCUCUCUCUCUCUCUCUCUCUCUCUCUCUCUGUCUUUCUCUCUCUCUCUCUCUCUCUCUCUCUCUCUCUCUAAAGUAGCUUGACAAUUAAAAGCCGCGGACUGCAAACCGUUUAUUUGGCUGUGAAAGGGGAAGGAAAAAAAGUUGACUUCUGCCAAUUUUAAGCUUACUGCGGUUGUUUUUUUAAUAUUAUUAACAGCAGCAGAAGCAGCAGCAUCCAUCCACUCAUCCAUCCAUCCAUCCAACCUGUCCGUCCAUCUGAACGUCCAUCUGAGCACUUUCCUUCUUUGGGGUUCUUUAACUGGGAGAAGUAAGGGCUACAAUUGUGGUUGGGCAGCUACAUCUAUUAUUACUCAUGAACUUUUAAAGAAACAAAAAAAAUCUCUUCACUGAGAUCAAUCACAAUGCCUUUAUGUGUGAGAAAAGGCAGCGCGAGUGCUGCUGGAGUUUUUUUCUUUCUUUCUUUCUUUCUUUCUGGAAAGCAACCACAGUUUGUCCAACAAUCCCUACCUCCCAUCUCCUCUUCCUCCUCCUCUCCCUCUUCCCUCGAACGCGAAUCUUCACAGCCUGACAAGCACAGGUGCGCAGUGUGGUGGGGGAAUCACACAGCUGGAGAAAAUAACGACAAAAAGAGCCAACUCCAAAUAGUCAUCUAUCUACAUUUUGAAGUUUUCUAUGUUGCAGAAGAAGAAGAGGGCAGUAGCAGAAAUCAGAGACGCUGAUCUUGGGUUUGGCGGGCUUACUGGGCCCCGACCUUCGUCUGUAAGGCUUUUAGCCUCAGACGCUGUAGAUAACCCGGCAGCCCUCGUGGCUGGACGUCCAAUUAAAUAAAAAAAAAGAAGAAGCAGAUAACGUGCCAAACGCGGUGCCAGAGAUAUUUGACGCAGGCCGUGGAGUCUGGGUCGUUCCUGCCGGCCGCUCCAGCCGGCGAGGAGGGCUGGUAAACAACAACAACAACAACAACGUGCUGUCACGCUACACACUAGCCUUCUUCAACAAAGCCAGCGAGGCUGUCGGCAUGUUGAGGGUGAGCAGCUAGCUCAGCGCGCUCGCCCCGUGCUCCCACUGCCGGCCCUCACAUACACACACACACACACACACACACACACACACACUCCGGUCUCUGAUCCGAUUUUGACAGCAUGUCGCCGUGACGCCGACUGUACGCGUUGGAUACAGUCACACAGAAGAAAACAACAGAAAAAAGCAAAACAGAGAAGUUUGAGGAGGUCUUGCCAAAUGUCCAAUUAACAUUUUUAUUCAAUUAAGAAAAACGACAUUUAAAAAAAAGCAAAAAAAAAAAGAUGUGAAUAUUUUGUUCCAGGCCUGUGGAUGUGCCGUAGGAAGUGCAUGAGUGCAGUUUAUGCUUUUUUUUUUUUUUUUUUAAAGAACUGAGCCUCUCAGUGUAUUCAUCACGCCACUUGAUGGAUAGCUGACCUCCUGGCUGGUUGGUGUUGGUUGGUCAGUCGGUUAGCGCAGUCUUAAAGUGGAGCGGUGCCACUCCCGGCACCGGGCGCCGCCCGCCGCUCACGUGCCAAGCUUUGGUCCCGACUCGCUCUGCGGGGCCGGUGGUGCCCGACGUCUCGCCCGCUCUCGAAGUGCAAUUGGAUGCAGUUUGCGGCGACAGAACGGAGUCGAGUUGACACACAAAAAAAAAAAAAAAAAAACAGCUUUCAGACAGAUGUGAAACCUUUUCUUACCACUGAGAAACUGGCGGUCGCUGGUGAGCAGGUUUAUUUUCCUUUUUUUAAAAAAAAAAACAAGACUGAAACAUGAGAUUUUUAUCUUUUUUUAUUUUUUUCUUCUUCAGACUUGCAAAGUGACGAAUGCUAACAAGAUAAAAGUGCCAGCUCGGUGCAGACCAGUCGCCACCCCCACAGUUCAGCAGUGUUUGUUAUUAAACUAUUUAACCUUGGGCAAUACAGUACUGACACGCGGACUACAUUAAUUUCCAUAAGGGCUUUGACUGAUGUUGCUUGGCUGCUUGAUUGAAGAGCUGUGCAUGCAUGCGCCCAGUCGAUCGGGAGCAGAAAGACGGCCGAAUAAUCGACUCUCGCGCGUCGAUGAGCGUCUCAGACGUCGCAUUUGAGCGACUCUGAGACUGUUUUUUUUUUUUUUUGUUCUCACUCACGACGCUUUCAAGUCCCUCCUCUGCACAGUACAGCUACGUUUCCUUGAGUCUAUCUAGCAAUUACCACAAGAAUGUUUCACCAAGAACCAGAUAUUUAGAAGAAGAAAAAAAAAAAAAAAUCAUGGUGCAAUCAAACCGAGUUUACAUUUAUAAAUUGUGCGAUGUGUGUACCUUAUGAAACACUCGAGCUGGGAGCCGGCUCGAGUCUCAGUUCUAAACAAGUCUUUGAGUUUAAGACUGAGCGCGUUUUACAGGGAGGACGGACAACGGCAGGCGCUCUGCUCACCGUCCCUGUCCCUCUUAAUUUAUUGUGACUUUUACACAGCGGGGGAGAAGUACACGGUUGUUUAUUUUUGAUAACUUUUACAAGCAAUGACGAUGAUGUGAAGUGAUGUAGUGUCAUCGCUGCGUUUCGAUUUUCUGUCUAUAAGAUUUCGAUGGAUUCCAAGUGAGUGGGUCUGUGGAUUUAUUGACUGCAAAAAAAAAAAAAAGCAAAAAAAAAGAAUAAAAUAUGAAAUAAUUGUUGAGAGCUGAAG